AUGGGAGUAGGUUCUGGCAUAGCCAUGCUGUUCCGUGUUCCAGAGCCGUGGUACAGUGGCAAGGCAGGGCCAGGGGAAGCGGCUUUGCCGCCAGGGCCGGGCCCCUGUUUGCCCGGUGCCCUGUGCCCGGUCCUUAGCCUGAAGGUGGUGGGCUUCAGCCAGAAGCCCCUGGCGGAAGCGGUGCCCGCGUGCGGUUCAGAGUGGCGGCGGGCACGCAGCACUGCUUGGCUGCUCAGGGCAGGCUCCGCCCCCAGGGGCGCGGGUUUAAAAGGAGCGAAGGCAGUCCGGGAGCCGAGCGGCUGGGAAGCGCGCCAAAACAGAGCCGCUGCCCUGGCACAGCCAUGGCCCGGCGGGUGGGGGGCGCUCAGCUGCUCAGCAGCCUACUGCUCUUCGCCCUGCUCGCUGCAGACGUCGCCCCGCUCAGCUGGGAUCUCCUGGAGCCCCGCAACUGAGCCGGCAAGAUCCGAGUCCACCCGCGGGGCAACCUCUGGGCCACCGGAAAAGCUGAGGGAGCAGGCUUUGCCACCACCCAGACACCUUUGUGGCUCCUUGGUGAGGUGGAAGGACCAAGAACAGGAAGGUCACUUCAUGGGCAAGAAGAGUCUGGAGCCUCCCAGCCCAUCCCCAUUGGGGACAGCUCCCCACACCUACCUGAGGGACCACAGACUGCAGCUGAGUCAUGAUCUGCUCAGGAUCCUCCUGCUAAAGAAGGCUCUGGGCGUGAGCCUCAGCCACCUCGCACCCCACAUCCAGGAGGCUGCUGGUACAAAUACUGCAGAAAUGAUACCAAUAAUGGGACAGACACAACAGCGUGGCUUAGAUUGUGCCCACCCAGGGAAGGUGCUGAAUGGGACCCUGGUGAUGGCCCCAUGUGGAUGUAAAUCCUGAGCCCAAUAUCUGUUACUCCGUUACUGUGAUUUCUGGUUGGGUCACCAGAAAUAUCGCUGAUACAGACACAGAUUAUGUUCCUGCUGUAUUUCCUGCUUCCAUGUUGAAUUUGUGAAUAAAACCUUGCUCUUUACAUA